AUGUCUCAAGCCCCUGCUGCAGUAGGGUCGCCUCGCCACCGCCUUACAUUCAGCCAACAGCUCAAGGUGGUUGAUAUCUACCAUCGAUACAAGUCUUUGGGGCCCGCCGAAGUCCUCUCCCGCGUGCGGAGGGCUGGUUUCACUACAACGUGUAUGCAGACCAUCAACCGAUACGUCCGUCAAGAGGCCUUGAUACGUGAGUUUGUAGCCCAACACGAAGGCCAUUCAAAACGCAUGGCCCGCUCAAACAUUAGUGUCCCGGAAGUAGAGCGGUUGCUCUGGACCUGGAUCGAGGACAUGGAGCGUCGCAAUCUUCGUAUGAACGGCGAGAUGAUCAAGGCAAAGGCUCGUCGGACUGCAAUCGAGAUUGGCAUCCCACCGCACGAAAUGAUUGAAUUUUCCGAGGGCUGGCUUACCGGGUUUAAGCGGCGCUACGGGAUCAAGGAGCGGGUCUUUCAUGGUGAAGCAGCAUCGGCUCCCCUUGAACUCAUUGAGCCUGCUCGGAAAACUCUUCAAGAUGCAAUCCGCCACUUUCGCCUUCAGUACGUCCUUAACGUCGACGAGACUGCUCACAACAGCUGUCAAGUCCGUAAUCGGGGGCUGGCGUCUAGACAAUUAUCUGGGGUUAAGCUUGAUAAAACUCGGCUGACCGUUGUCCUUGCUACUAGCGCGGCUGGUGGAAAGCUUCCUCCCCUCAUUAUUGGUCAUGCUGCUCGACCUCGCGCGUUCACGCAUGGUACCCCGGCGCAAUAUAACUUUUGGUACGAGCAUAACAAGAAGGCUUGGAUGACAGGCGAAAUUUGGGAAAAAUAUCUCAUUGCAAUUGACAACAUGGCAAGGCGUGAUGGAUACCAUCUACUACUAAUCUGCGACAACGCAAGCUCUCACAAGUACAAUCCCAAUUGCUACUCAAACUUGACAGUUGCAUACCUGCCUCCUAACCUCACAUCGCAUAUCCAACCAAUGGAUGCAGGAAUCAUCAAGAGCUUCAAAGGAAACUAUCGCAAAUUGUUGACUGAGCGCGCACUCGACCUUGAGAUGCAAGGUGUAGACAAUCCAUACAAGGUAAACCAGCUCCAGUCAAUGCGCAUGAUUGACCGCGCAUGGAGCGAAGUUUUGGAGACCACAAUCCGGAACUGCUGGCGCCAUACUGGAAUCCUACCUGAAGAUAAUUACGAGGAGGAACUACAGGCUAUGUUUAUUCAAGCUAGGCUCUAG